UACAUCUGUUCAUGUCCCACGUUCCACUAAUUAUAAACAACUUCCAUAUAUAUUAUUCAAAGCUCCAUAAUUCUUUUGAGUGUCUUACAAACUUUUUUUUGACAGUUCUGAGGAGGCCGUUAUGGUAAGCUCAGGGCAGACUUCCCAUACCGAAGACGAUGAUAUUUCUUCAGACUCAAAUGGAGAAGAAGAACCAACCACUCCUCUAACACCUCAAAGCCCGAAUGCUCCUCCGGCUGCUGAAGUCGUCGUCGAUAUAGACGAUGGAGAAGGAGAUGGAGAUCAAGGACAUGGAGAAGGAGAAGAAGGAGAAGGAGAAGAUGAAGAUGAGGAAGAGCAAGAGAACGAGGACGAAGAAGAAGAAAGCAAUAGCGAUGCCAUGCCCCGGUCUUCCAUGGAAGGCAAUCGGUCCCAUACUGGAACCCCAACACCAGAUGGCUCACAUAAUACAACAGAUUCAAGCAGUGACGGUGGAGUAGAGCCUGAACCCAAUCCCAAUCCAAAUCCACCGGCGGAAAAUCAGUCUUCAAUUCUGUACAACACGAGAAAGAAAAAAGGAUUGCUUCCAGUACAUGUUGUGUUAUAUCAAUCUGCUAUAAAGGGUGAUUGGAAGACAGCCAAAUCUAUAUUUGAUGUAGAUUCAUCAGCAAUCACUAUGAAGAUUACUGAUGGAGAGGAUACUCCUCUUCAUAUUGCUGCUGCUGCAAAACAUAUUUCAUUCGUUGAAAAUUUGGUUAAAGAAUAUUCCUCUCCAUCUGACUUAGCUAUCAAAAAUGGAAAUGGAGAUACUGCUCUUGCUUUCGCUGCUGCAUCAGGAGUUGUACGAAUCGCUAAAGUAAUGGUUGACAAUAAUGCUGAACUUCCAAAUCUUUAUAAUGCUAAUAAACCAUUCCCAGUUCUAAUGGCUGUAGCUUACAAACGCAAAGAAAUGGCUUCCUUCCUCCUCUCCAAGACUGACUUUCAAAAGCUAAAUAAUUUUGAACAAAUUGAACUUCUCAUUGCUGCCAUCUCCAGUGAUUACUAUGAUAUAGCAUUAGAUAUUCUGACAAAGAAACCUGAAUUAGCAAAGGCACGGAUGGGUUUGAAAGAAACCGGUGGUAAUUGGAGUGAGAAUCCAGAAGGUGAAACGGCUUUGCAUAUUCUAUCUAGAAAGUCAGAUGUAAUUGGUAGCAGCAGCAAUCUUAGCUUUUGGAGAAGACAUAUGAACUCUCGCUUCAAGAGAUUUUACAAAAAAGCUCAUAUGAAGACAUUAGCCCAUCAAACUGUUGAACGAAUAUGGAAUUUUGUUGUCAAGAAUCUUUCAAAACCCGACCUAUACGAUUUCAUAAGAACUCCUUCAAGGUUAUUGCACAAUGCAGCAAGAGCUGGAAAUGCUGAGUUCUUGAUCAUACUCAUUAGCUCUUAUCCUGAUUUGAUAUGGAAAGUUGACGACCACGACAAAAGCAUAUUUCAUAUAGCAGUUGAAAAUCGACAAGAAAGCGUGUUUAGUCUUAUAUAUGAGAUAGGAGGGCUCAGGGAUUUUCUUGCCAAUUAUCACGAUCAUGAAAACAAUUCCAACAUGCUACACUUAGCUGGAAAGCUGGCGGCUCCAUAUCAUUUGAGCAGAGUAUCAGGGGCAGCUCUACAAAUGCAAAGAGAGCUUUUGUGGUUCACGGAAGUUGAGAAAAUUGUUGUGUCCUCCUAUCUUCAAAUGAGAGCUACAAUUCCACUACCUCCUCAAGCGGGAACAGAAGAAAACCGGUUUGAUGAACUAACACCUCGUGAACUUUUCACAAAAGAGCACAAAAACCUAUUAAAAGCCGGCGAGGAGUGGAUGAAAAAUACGGCAAACUCGUGCAUGUUGGUGGCAACUCUAAUUGCCACGGUGGUUUUCGCGGCAGCUUUCACAGUUCCAGGAGGCAAUGACGAUAAAAGUGGCACUCCAAAUUUUCGACAGAAUCCAGCCUUUACGGUGUUUGUUAUAUCAGAUGUUGCAGCUUUGGUGCUUUCUACAACUUCUAUACUCACAUUUUUGUCCAUUUUAACGUCUCGCUAUGCAGAAGAAGAUUUCUUGAUGUCGUUGCCGCUCAAAUUAUUGUUCGGGUUAGUCACGUUGUUUCUUUCUAUAUCAUGCAUGGUGGUGGCUUUCAGCGCAACCUUCUUUAUUGCCUAUGACAAAACAAAGCACAAGAUUCCAUUGGGCAUUGCCAUCGUUUCCAUUGUUCCAGUAGGUUGUUUUUGUUUGUUUCACACUAAACUCGUUGUGGAUAUAUUUCGCUCGGGUUAUUGGGCUCAAUUUUCUUUGAAGAAACGCAAGAAAAGGCUAUUUUAGUACAAUUAUUGUAAGACCCAUUUUUGGUUCUUCAACAAUUAACGUCUGGUUCUAUGAUGUGUGAAGUGAAUUAUUAAAUUUAUUUGAUUGGACAAUGUGUUAAUAUUUAUUAAUAAAGAUGUACUAGUUGUGGUUGAUUUUA